AUGAAGUCAACUGUGCUUCCCCAGAAAGCGUUUUCCUUAAAACACACAUCGUGCAUGUCUUCACUGGUUUCUGUUUCGCCUGCAGAUGCGCUCACAUCUUCUUUAAGCUCAAGAGGGAGGUCAACGCCGCUCGAACCGGUUUCAGUUCGUGUUCCACACGGCCGCAGACCGCGUCCAUCUCUCCGACUUUCCCUUUUUUCGCUCGUUCUUCUUCUGUUGUGUAUUCUUCUUUUUUUCCUUUCUUCUCGUCCCCUUCGCCUCUGGAAGGUUCACGGAGGCGAACGCUCUAUACGCUCUUUCGCUCUCGAGAGGGAAGCUGUUCACGAAAAAGUCUCCUUUCAAUCCGUAGCUCGUCUCUUCUCUGGUCGCAUUCACGUGCCAGUCGCUGGGGAAGCCAGCGGCUGCCCAUGGCAUCUGUCUUCUUUUACGACGCCUCAAGAGUUGGGGGCGGAUGCCUGCGCUUCGCUGCCUUGGCGGGGUUUACCCUCCCUCUCACGCGCCUUCUCGUUCUCCACGCCUUUCUUUCUCUUCGCUUCUGCAACGUCAGCUGCACCUGCGGGCGAGAGCGUGGGCUCGAGCACGGCCGGAGGAAAAAAGACAAAGAAGCCAGUUGAGAGACUGGCGGUGCCUGCGCCCACGGUCGAAGUGGCCAAGACAAUUGCUUUCCCGGACCCUAUAUUCGGAAACGUGAGCUUUCAGUGCCCCCCUGACUACGACCUCGUCUUCAACCAGUGCCAGAAAAAAGUUCUCCGACAGCCAAUGCCCUCCUGUCCUUACGGUUCCUACAUGAAUGAAGACGGAAGAUGCAUCUCGGUCGACAGCAUUCCCGCCGAGAGGACCUGCCCGGCUGGAUACCAGCCUUACGAAAAGGGCUGCCUGCGGCGGGACCUGCUCCAGGCCGUGCCCUUCUGUCCCACGCCGGGAUUUCAGUUGUUUCAGCGGGGGCCGGAGUCGGACUGCGUCAAGCUCGUCGAGCAGCCUCCGCUCCUCACCUGCCGAGAAGGCCUUCUCGAGGAGGGCGGCCUCUGCGUCGUGCGAACUGCGGAGGAGCCGGUCGCCGUCUGCCCUGCGGGCUUUUCGCCGAGUGAAACGACGGCGCUCUGCGAGCGGCUCUCAGUCGUGGACCCCAUUCCCUUCUGCGAGGAGGGCUGGGACUUGGCGGCUGAGCCCGAGAGCGGCCUCAUGUCGUGCGUCGCGACGCGGAAACCGCCACCAGUCUCUGUGUGCCCAGACGAGAGCUUCGUUCUCGAGAAGGACGCCUGCGUGCGAGACACCGCCGCCGCGCCUGUCCCGCGCUGCGCGCCCGGGUUCGUCUACAACCGCUGGGACGGCAUGUGCCGGCGCGUGAUGGCGCACCAGGCUAUUCCGGUCUGCCGCGAAGGAUGGAAGUUCAUCCGCGAAACCGGGAAGUGCACGCUCGAAGAAGAGCCGACUUACCUCUGUCCAGAUGGCGACGCCGAGGCCGCAGGCGAGAUCCGCGGCGUGCAUUCUCCGCCAGCCAAAGGAGCGGGCGCGAGAGGCGCCCGAAGGUGGAGACUGGGCGGCGAGCGAGACAGCGAGGAGGAGGACGAAGAAGAGGUCUCUGCAGGUUCAUCGCCUGCUGCGUCCUUCGGGAGCGCAGGGAAGUGGGACGCAGGGCUGCGAAGCAUGCAGAAGACCGACGCUCUCCACGAGCGAAGAUCCGCAGUGCGCGCGCGGGUUCUGGGCGACAAUGAAGAGGCGCCUGAACAGGAGACUGUGAUUUCGUCGGACUGCGCCACCGUCGAGGUGCGACCGCCUGAACUCGGCUGUGAAGUAGGCGAGUUGGUUUCCCUCCUCGACGCGAGGGUUCCCUCAGAAGACCUCGGCGUAGAAUCUUCGGCGUCACGCGUUUCACCUGUGCAGGACAAGGCCUUCGGCUCAUCGCCUUUCCUGUCCGGAGAAACCGGCGAAGGCUACUCCGGCGGGUUUCCCGCCUUCUCUCAAGAGGCAGACGCGCCGCCCUUUGUGUUCGCCUCGCUCCAAGAGGAGGGGGACAGCCACCGGCCGCAGGAGCAGCCCCCCUUGCACCAGAAGGAACUCUCCGUCGAGGAGUCAUCUCUCGCGCCCUCCGCCGCAGCUUCGCCAUUUGCGGCUUUGAUCUCUGAAGGCGGAGGCGGCGCGAGCCACGCGCCGUCGCCCGGUCGCGUCAAGAUGCUUCAGCUGCGUCGCUCGCCUCUGGGCGCCUCAGGCUCUCGAGUCGCGCCGCCGCACCUCGACGACCGCCGCGACGCCCAAGAUGACAGGGACCGUGACAAAGGCGACAGGCGCGACGACCGAGACAAAAGUGACAGACCCGGAGCGCGAGACGCGGCGGAGAGCAAGCGAGCGGAGGAGGCCACUGAGAACGGCUUGGGCACGGACACGCAAAGAAGCGGGAAGACGCUAGACGACAUCCCGAAGAGGGAGAAUACAGUAACCGCGGCGGAUGCUGGGCGGCGACGAGGCCGCCACCUCGCCAAAUCCGCAACCCGAGGCGCGGGAAGCGCCGAAGGGGAGCGUGCACCAGCUGGCGACGCUGCCGGCUUGGGCCACUUCGCGCGACUGGAGCCCGACUCAGGGCGACGGCUCCAGGAGCAGGCGACGGCCUCGCGAACGAAAGAGGCGAAGGGACGAACGGCGCCCUCUCAUCCGACUGACGCGCGCAGAGGGAAGCAGGAGCGCGCUCGCCGACAGGCGCUCACGGAACAGGGUCUUGAGGCUGCCGUGGAAGUCGCCGCUCGCCCUCCCGCGUCCCCCGCCUCAUCGCGGCGGCUUGCGUCAGCGUCGAUUGCAUUAGUGCAGAACGUGUUUCCGCUCGCAUCGCCGCAGACCGGGCGCUUCAAGGAAGGCGACUCUGUGAAGAGGCUUUUGGCGCCUUCGCUUCUAUCGCGCGAAGAGAACGCGGAGAGCGGCCUGGUCUGUCGCCACCGCCUCGUCGUGGCGCCGAGGCGCAUGCCGGCGGCGUGCCCCGGGCGCCACGCUCGCGACUUCUCGGGACUCGGCAAAAGCGGCGGAAAGGCCUUCGGCGGGAAACUUGAGGCCAGCAAAGCGUUCGCGGAGGGCGCAGAAGCUGCAGGCGGAGACGACUGCGUCGAAAUCCACACGAAACAACCCGCGCUGAGAUGUCCCUCGGGGAAGCUCAUCAGCGAAGCAUUCAGCACGCCCCGGUGCGACCAGCUUGAAGUGGCGCCUAGCAGCCUUCUCUGCCCCAACGACGGCUCGCCGCCGACCGCUGCGUCGCCAGCGACCGCGGUCGUUCCGCCUGCGGGCUCCGCUGCGGCGGCGGGGGAGGCGGCGCACUGCGUGAGGACGACGCUGUCGCCGCCGACGGCCCUCUGCGCGGAGGGCUUUGAGCGUCAGUCUGCCACGGGUCAGUGCGUGCGGGCAGUUCACGAGAGUCCCGGCUGGACGUGUCCCACGGGCUACCGGCUGCCUGAGAGCGAGCUGCCAGCGCAGAGCGCGAGGGAGAUCGUCCCGCCGCACUUGGGCUCCAAGAAGGGGGGCGACAGUCCUUCGCCCUUGGGGCCGGUCGUGGGACCGCCGGUGCGUGCCGGAUUCUGUGAGCGCCUCGAGUACGCGAACGUCCAGUUCGUCUGCCCCGUAGGCUUCGGCCGAGAAAAAGACAAAAAAACCAAGGAGUGGGUGUGCGUCGCCGACAAGGCUGUGCCUUCCACGCUUCUCUGCGACGCGGGCUUCUUCUUGGAAGGUGACAUGUGCGUGAUGCACCUGCGGAUGGCACCGUCGCUCGUUGACCGGGAUGGGCGGCCCUUCCCCUGCGUGACUCGCCCAGAUGGAACGAACUCCUGCGGCCACGCCGCGGAUUGGCAGGGCGCCCUCGGCGACGACAGGGACGAGGCGACGCGAGGCGCGAGGAAGCCGGGAAAAAUCUGA